AUGGGGGAGGAUAGCGGGCUGAGCUGCCGCAGCAGCGCUGCCAAUCCCCAGGACCUUGGUACUGCUGCUGUUUCUGCUGCUGCUUUUGCUGCUGCUUCUGUAGCUUCAGUGUUUGCUCCGGCUGCUCUUGCUGUUGUUGUUCCAGCUUGUGCAUUUACCUCAAGAAGAGAGGUACAACAGCUAGCAGAAGCAGCAGCAGGUGCGGCUGCAGAAGCAGCAAGUGCAGCAGCAACAAAGGGAUCAGCAGCAGCAACGGGAAGCAACGUCAGAAGCAGGAGCGAGAAGAGUAACAUCAGAAGCAGCAACGGCAGCAGCAACAGCAACAGUAGUAGCAGCAGCAGCAACAACAACAACACCAGUAGCAGCAGCAGCAGCAGCAGCAGCAGUAACACACUCUUACUCUAUCUUGAUCAGAAGCGAUUUUUUGAGGGAUACGUAGAAGCAGAAGCAGCAGAUAUGAGGCAAGGCGCAUCUUCUUUUCUAACAAACUCGGGUUCCCCAUGUUUCUCUCGAGUACUCCUGGGGAGUAUGGCUGUUUGGCCUCUGGCGCAGCGGCAGCUGGCACAGCAGCAUUUGCUGCUGCUGCUGCUAUUGCUGCUGCUGCAGCAGCAGCAGGGAGGCGUGGGCUUGCAAAUUAAGACAAGAAAAGAGGAUAUAAACCCUAGCAGACUUCGCAUCUUCUUUGUCCCCCCUAGCAGAGUUCCUGACAUUCCUGCGGUGAAUGUACACCGCAGGAAUUGUUCCUAUGCUGCUGCUGCUGCGUGCAGCAGCAGCAGCAGCAGCAGCUUAUCUUGUGGGGGUUCCGAUUCUGUAGCUGCAGCAAAUGACGCGAAAGAUAUAGCUGCACCUGCAGUGGACGCUGGAGCAGGAGCAGCAUCAGCAAACACUCCUGCUGCUGCUGCUGCAGCAGCUGCGGCAGCUGCUGCUGCAGCAGCAGCAGCAGGAGGAAAUACAGAUAUUGAUAGCCGAUUGGUUCAUACUGAGGGGAGGACUCGUGUGUCUCCUUUGUCCCUUUCCCCCUUUAAGGUGCCAAAGGAGAUGCUGCAGCAGAUCCAGCCUGGUGCUGCUGGUGGUGCUAUUUCUACUGCUGCUGCUAUUACUCCAUACGUUGCUACAGGAGUAUCGCAUUUCAUGGAUAAGGCAACAGACACGGUGAUCCCUAAGGCAACAGCAGCAGCAGCGGCAGCAGCAGCACGAGAAGCAGCAUGGAAGCACUGCCAAGAGGGGGGGACAGCUGAGGAGGUUGCAGCUGCAGCAGAAGCUGCAGCAGCAGCAGCAGCAGCGGCAGAAGAAGAAGCUGCUGCUGCUGCUGCUGCUGCAGGUACCCCUAGGUAUGACGACCUGUGGGGAUACGCCAGCAGCUAUAUUAACCGUCUAGUAGCAGAGGAGGAAGAAGUGGAAGAAGAAAGACAGCAGCAGCAGCAGCAGAAGCAAGCAAGCGGUGUCAGUGAAGAAGAUAUCGAUAUUAGUGCUGAGCCACGUUUUAUUCCCGAUGACUGGACAGAUGUCCCACGGCCUUUUGUAGCCUUCUGGAUUGCUGCCUUGACUGCGUCAGUGCGGAGCCUCGACACCCGCACAGCAGCAGCAGCAGCUUGGCUGCGCAGCGGGCAUCGGCAGCAGCAGCUGCAGCAAUACAAAACACCCUGGAGGCUGCAGCAGGAAGCAGAGCAGGAGGCGCAGCAGCGACAACAUAACCAACAGCAGCAGGGACAGGAGCAGCAGAAGGGGCAGCAGCAGGAGAAACAACAGGAGCAGAUGGAGCAGCCACUAAACCCAGGCGAGCCUUAUACCCCUGCCGGAAGCAGCAAACGAGAGAGGCGAUGA